AUGGUUCUCCGCAAAUUCGAACUCGAGGGCAAACUCGGCGAAGAAGCCCGCCUCAUCGAGAGUGGCGUCCUUCUCGAUGAGAAUCCCCUCGACGAAAGCCCUGAGUUUCAUGAGUUUCUCAUGGCAUGUCGAAGAGGCGAUUUGCGAAGAUGUCAGGAACUCAUUAGCGAGGGUGUGAACAUCAAUGGCAAGGAUCGAUUCGAUUACACGCCCCUCAUUAUUGCUAGUUUAUGUGGACACUAUGAACUCGUUCAAUUGCUGUUAGAAUCUGGCGCUCUCGCAGAACGAAACACAUUCCAAGGCGAGCGAUGCAUUUACAACGCCCUCAAUGACCGCAUCCGCAAUCUUCUUCUCCAGUACGACUUCUCAAAGUCUUCAGACCCUUACGUCUACUGGUCCACUCACAUCUCAACCCUUCUCGGCCGCACAAGCCCCAAGACGACAGAUAUCACCUUAGCCUCGGGCUCCCGCUCUUUUGAUCUACACAAGUUCAUCCUUGUUGCGCGGUCUCCUUAUUUCCGUGCCAAGCUCGCCGCUGUUCCUGAAACGGCCACCUGGAAGCUCGCCAGCGCUGUUCCCGUGCAGUCGUUCCUUAUCGUUCUAAGAUAUCUUUACCUGGGUGAAGUCCCGCGUGACAUCGCUCCUUUCGCCGGUGCUGAUUCUGAGGAGGAUGUGCUCAAAGGCUUGGACAAGGUCAGCAAGCAGCUGGAGGUCGAGUCUCUGUGGGAGACUAUCCUUGCAGGUGGAGAUAGAAGACUUGCCAGGCAACGGUAUCAAGCUGAGGUGGAACGGGCUCGAGGGCAAUUCGAGGACUUCUUCAACCAGAACGUCCUCGGGAACAAGAUGAUCGUUGAUACAGAUCAGGUUAAAGAUGUCAAGUGGAAGUACGACAACUCCAUGUUCGCAGACGUCAUCCUCCGCGCCGACGAGCCCAUCGAUAUUGAGGAUGAAAGCUCAGGCCAAGCAACACCCAUAAACGACACCCCUACAAUACCUAUCGGCCCAGCCAAAGAUCAAGAAACCGUCACCAAGCGCAAAUCAGUCCUCUACCCUGCCCACAAAGCCAUGCUUAUCCGCAGCGAGUACUUUGAAAAGAUGUUCUCGGGCGACUUUGUUGAGUCCCAGCGUGAUGAGCACCUCCGCAUCGUCACCAUCGACUGUACGCCUGCUAUUCUCGAGAUCAUACUUACCUUCCUAUAUACCGAGACCGCUGUUUUUCCAUUGGAGCACGCCCUGGAUCUUUUAUAUGCUGCGGACAUGCUCUUCCUCGAUAAUCUUAAGAGUAAGGCUGCCCUGGCCAUUAGCACUCUGGGCAGCGGCACUUCCAACGUGUUAGUAGACCGCACCCACGGAGAGUCGCAAAGAAAUGGCGAGGGUGUCCAAGAGGACGAGCAAAUUGAGAUGGAGCCCAUCAAUAUCUACGAUGUUAUCCACGCUGCAUGGGAUCUUCGUGUUCAGCGACUAGAAGAAUUUGCAGCACGUUAUCUAGCAUAUCGUCUUGAGGAUUACAUAGAUGAGGAAGACUUCCAGAACCUCAUCGCCGAAUCAGCCCAGCGUAUUACCGUGCGAGAAGAGACGGAUACUAUCGAAUUACUGGACGAUAUUCGAUAUUACCUCGGUGAUCGGUUUAGACUUCGUUUCGAUGAUGCUGGUAUCGAGGAGAUGAUGCACGAGAUCGGGGAAAUCGACGUCGACCUGGCGGCUGCCAUGGAACAACAGGCAGAGAUAUCAGCAGAUGCAAAGAAUGGAGUUCCUGAAGAAACUCACGAUGACAAAGUCGUCAACGGCAACGGUAAUGCCAAGGGUGUAGAGGCUGUGCGGACGUUGGAUGGAGCCGAGGCAGAAGACGAGUUCGCUUCAGAUGCCAUCAACUACCAGAUUCUACAGCGCAAGAUUGAUGCCAUGCUUGAUCGACUCAAGCUCGAUGCAUAA